GCCCGGCGGUGGCGGAGCGGGGCCGAGGCCGCGGGGGGGGGGCCGCGGCCCGGGGGGGGCGGGGCGGGAUUUGGGGGCGCCGAGGGAGCCCCGGGACCCCCCCCGGCAGCGCGGGAUGGGCGACAGCGACCGCGACUGCCGGAGCCCCGACAGCUCGAGCGCCGCCUCCCCUCCCCCCCCCGCCCCUCCCCCCCCCAUGGGGUCCCCCCUGGGCCCCUCCCCCAGCCUGGGGCCCCUCCCCCACCCCCCCCCAAAUUUGGGGUCCCCCUUCCCGGUCAUCAGCUCCUCGCUGGGCUCCCCUCCCCCACCCCAAAAUUUGGGGGGGGGUUUCGGGCCCGUCAGCAGCCCCCAGAUCAACUCCACGGUUCCGCCGCCCCCCGGGAGCGGCUCCGAGGACGUGAAGCCCCCGUUGGGAAUUCGGGGCGUGGCCCCGGCCCCGCCCUGCGCCCCUCCCCCCGGCCCCGGGAAGCGACUCUGCGCCAUCUGCGGGGAUCGCUCCUCCGGGAAGCACUACGGCGUGUCCAGCUGCGAGGGCUGCAAGGGCUUCUUCAAGCGCACGAUCCGCAAGGACCUGACGUACACGUGCCGCGACAACCGCGAGUGCGUGGUGGACAAACGGCAGCGCAACCGCUGCCAGUACUGCCGCUACCAGAAGUGCCUGGCCACCGGCAUGAAGAGAGAGGCCGUGCAGGAGGAGCGGCAGCGAGGGAAGGACAAGGAGGGGGAUCCCGAAUUCGGGACGGCCCCAAACGAGGAGAUGCCGGUGGAGAAACUUCUGGAAGCCGAACUCGCCGUGGAGCCCAAGAGCGACGACGGCGCCGGGCCCGGGGGAGCCUCCCCCAAUGACCCGGUGACCAACAUCUGCCAGGCGGCCGACAAGCAGCUCUUCACCCUCGUCGAGUGGGCCAAGAGGGUCCCGCACUUCUCGGGGCUCCCCUUGGAUGACCAGGUGAUCCUGCUCCGGGCAGGCUGGAACGAGCUGCUGAUCGCGUCGUUCUCGCACCGCUCCAUCGCGGUCAAGGACGGGAUCCUGUUGGCCACGGGGCUCCACGUUCACCGCACCAGCGCCCACAGCGCCGGCGUCGGCGCCAUCUUCGACAGAAAAUAAAAAAAAACAAAAAAAAACCAACAAAAAACCAAAAAAUACCCUAAAAACAAACAAAAAAAACAAAAAAAGAAGAAAACCAAAAAACCAAAAAAACACCAAAAAACCCAACCAAAAAAAAACCCAAAAAAACAAACGAUUAAAAAAAAAACAAAAAAGAAACCCAAAAAAGAAAAAACAAAAAAAAAAAUUAAAAAAAAAAAAACUGCUGAGUCAGCGAAUGGUGAUGGGGGGUGGGGGGAGGGGUGGGAGGGAUUUGGGGAGUUCUCCCCUCCCCUCUCCCUUCCCCCCCCCAAAAAAAAAAUUUUUUUUUUUUUGG